AUGUUGAGCUCCGGUGAAAAUACUGAGCUUAAUGGAGAGAAAGAGAGAAGCCCACGUUCAGCCGAAAGCGAGGGAAAUUGUUGUCCAAGCGUCAAAAGAAAACUCAUCCCGGCCAAAUUGUUUUAUUUCUUCUAUUUUUCUUCUUUGGGAUCACUGCUGCCAUAUUUAGCUCUGUACUUCAAGCAACUGAAGCUUACACCAACUCAAGUUGGUAUAUUAAUGGGCUUGAAACCUUUUGUGGAGUUUAUUUGUACCCCGCUAUGGGGAGCCGUUGUGGAUCGAUUUAAAAUGGGGAAAUUGGUUCUUCUGAUGUCUUUGCUCGUUGCUGCUUUGUCUCAAUUCUCGCUGUCCUUAGUAGCACCAGCUGAACGCCUCUGUACCUUAAACACGAUAUCGCGAUCAAUCAAGGGUCGAAACGAUUCAUCUUAUAUUGCCACAAAGCAUGGGAACUCUUCUAGUUACUGGGGGAAUUUUGUUUUUGUGUCUUCCAUUUUGGAUGACCUUCCUUGGCCUCUAACUUAUACCAGUAAAGAGAUGGAAACUCCACAGACACCCAACACUGCGGAACUAUUUACAAUACUACUUAUCAUCAUUCUGUUCAGCAACAUUAUCUCGUCUCCUUCUCUUGCGCUCGCAGACACAGUAACGAUGCAAACAUUAAGGCCAGAUGCGCACCUGUAUGGACGGCAGCGCCUAUGGGGAUCGGUUGGAUGGGGAAUCGCCUCAUUUUUAGUUGGUGUUUUGGUAUCAGUGAGUCAUCACUGUCCAAAUCCCUUUACAAAGCCUUCUGAUAUCAGUUACAUGCCUUGCUUUGGUACAUUUGGAGUUUUAAUGCUUCUUGCAGUCGCUACAUCCACAAAAUUUAAGUUUGCAUAUGACUCUGAGGAUGAGAAGGUCGAGAAUACAGGAUUAAUGAACAAUUUAAAGCAAAGCGUCAAUAUCAAAUACAUUGUGUUCUUAUUUACUGCAUAUUAUUUUGGAAUCCUUAACGCCUUCACGAAAACCUUUUUAUUCUGGCACUUAAAAGAUUUGGGGGGGACGCAGCUGCUAUUUAGCAUCAUUGCAGCAGUAAACUGUUUCGCCGAAGUAAGUUUGUAUCUUCUAUCAGACAAAAUCAUUACUCGAAUGGGACAUACCCGUGUUAUUUACCUUGCAGCCGCAGGAUUUACUUUUCGAUGUUCUUGUUAUUCGUUUUUAUCAAACCCGUGGCUAAUCCUUCCGUUAGAGUUUAUGCCUGGAAUAACAAAUGCCUUAGCAUGGGUAGCUAUGCAGUCAUAUGUAAAUGAAAUAUCGAGAAAUGAUAAUGCCACAACUCAUCAAGGUAUUCUUUGUGGAUUUUACAGAGGACUUGGCUAUGGAUGCGGUGAAGUUUUUGGAGGUGUGAUGAUCAACUUCGUAGGAUCGGGAAAUGCUUUUAAGGUCUUUGCAAUAGGCGCAGCUUUUACGUUCUUAGCUAACGUUUUUGUGGAAGAAUUAUCUCAAGUCAAGCCAGUUUUAAAAAUGCUGUUCAAGCGAUUGAUGAAAGUCAAAGAAUAACAUUUACAGUUUUUUAAUGAUUUAGCAGGUUCCACAAACGUAACAAAGAGAGGCAAAAAGGAGAAAGUACAACAGCAAUAGCACACUUAUUAAAGGGUAAGCUUGGGAUAUACAUUCGAUACUUCCCCCUGCUUCUAUUAGGCAAAAUACUGGCCUUUUCUUUUCAUCUAGAUUUGACGGAAAGUCUUAAGCGUAAGGGUAAUAUGUGGAUUCAAUGCUGAAAUUUUCCUUACCUUUUGCAUAAAUAGAUAAUAUUUCAAACUACAGUGUUAUCUUCUCCUCCCCCUUAGCGUAUUCUUUCGUUCUCACGCGCGGAAAGCGUGAUUUUAUAAUGUAGCCAAUUAUGUCCACAGACUUUGAUAUUGGCAUUGAAUUACAUGGACACUUACUGGACACUUACUUUCGUGGACACUUACUGAGUUCAGUUUAACGAGCUUUUUUAUCGCAAAUUUGUCACUUUUUUUGGAAAGCGAGAACUUUCGAAGUCUUUACUUAAAGUUAAAUGUUGUAGUUAAUUUGAUAAGUUAAUUACAAUGUUAUUGACUGAGUUCUAGCAUCCCAUUCGAAAAAGGAUAUUUUACAUUUAACUUAGCGAAUAAUCAAACUAAACCACAACUUGGUAUGAAACGAAAUUUUUCCGGAAAGCUUACACCGCUGUGAAAAUUUCGCGGUACUCCCUAUUCAGCUAACUCUUACGUGCUGCCCCUUAACCUGUUCUCCUCGCUCUCAUCGGUCAAGUUCUGUCUUUUUGUUGCACCCUUAGACUCAUAACCUAACCAUCUUGCCCGGGUUAAUACGCCGAGAAACCAGAUGCAAGAAAAGAUAUCUGGUAAAAACUUGUUUCAUAUUUGAAAUGGAUGUCAGUAUCCACUCGUUUACUUGAGUGUAUUCUUAAUGUAACACUGAAAUUGUAUUGAGAUUUAUUUUAGGUACUAAAUAAGUUGCUCCGAAAGUAUCUAAGAGUUAGCUCCUCGUUCAAAUGCAUGAAAGCGGACUCUUAUUAUUCGACCUUUCCCAGGCUCUCACGGUCAAGUGCCUUAAAUCAUUAUUUGACAUCUUCAUCAAAGCGAGAAGUUCCAAAAGUGAUCGAUCAUGACAAUAAACCAUUUACUUUGAGUGCUGAAGGAGUGCUUUACUCUGAGAAAUCAAAUGAUAAAAAAGUAUUCUACUGGGUACUUAGGCAAAGUAGUCAGCUCUCUAAUUUCAAGUUACGCAGUUUAAAGUGAUAAAUUUCACAAUAACAGGUGCUGGUAUUCUGUUCGGAUUGAGUGCUUUCAUUGCUAAUUAUGGCUGAAUUGUGAAAACAAAAAAAAGCUGUAACUUGAGUUAACUUGAGUUAAAAUUCAAAGAAGUUGAUAAGCCAAUGCAAUACGUUUCAUCAAAACGUAUUGCAAGCAUUAAAAAUUCGCUGGUUUUAAGAUCGUGACGAAAAGGAAAAGAGACCGCGACCACCUGUUGAAAACUCAGGUGGUCUUGGCCUUGUCGUAGAUGCAAUUAAUAGCCGAGAGAAAUCGAGAAACUGAAAGUUUGUGUUGAGGCGCAGAACUCAUAAAGGAGCUAGAAAUGCAAAAACCGCGUAAAAAAGAACACUUAAAAAGCGAGCCAUGGUAUCCAAAAUCGGAUCGAACCAACCUAUUAUAUAAAGGACGCCAGGAUCAUAACAGUCAAUUUACCACUGCAGCCAGUUUUAUAAAGCUGACAGUUGGGUUGUAAACACUCAAGUCUCCUAUUUCUUACACCACAAUCUAGUACAGUUUGUUAAAAUUUUCCUCGUCGGGCACCACUUAAAGGUCUUUGACCUGAAGGUAAACACGAUAGUCCGAGAAAAUUCGCUUUCCAAGUUUAACUGUGGUUAUUGUCGGAAAUGACUUAUCACGAAAAAAAAUCUACGCAAGUCAAUAAUAAUUCACCCCUGCACUCUUUAAAGGAAAAAUGAACCCCUUGGUGGCAAUAAAAAUUAUUUAGUGCUCGCGUCGGGUAAUUUUAGAUCUACUAUGACCAAGAAAGAUUAAUAAAAUCAAAGCAACCACUUCGAGUGACCAUCCGUUAUAAAAGGAAACACUGACAUUUCCAAGUUCAGCGUUGAUCUCUCACUAUCGGUGUUCUCCUCACACAUUCUUAAACAUCAUUAUGGAAUAUAUUGAAUAACGUAAGGGAGUUUAUCUUCAGGGUGCACAGGCUAAUACGGUUUGAGCAACGAUUGGUGUUGCUCAACAACACGGCACCUGCACUGCCUUGAACAUCAAAAAUUCAGAUGUUGUCACUGGACGGCUAUUAACUGACGAAUUGACUCAACGAACACAUGUUUGACAAUGUUACGUGCGUAGACAGGAAUUUAAUUUUAGUCCUUCUGUGCGUGAAACCUUGAUCCACAUUUACGGAUUCAAACACAGUAUUUUAUAUCAUAUGAUUUAGGGAAUAAUACACUGAUGCUAAGUACUUGGAGAAAUGUCCAGUGAAGACAAGAAAGCGAUUGCCACCAAUGAACGCAACGAAGAAGACAAGCAAUGUUGCCCGAAUGUGAAUCGGAAACUCUUAAUUCCGAAAGCGUUUUACUUCUUUUUCUUUUCUGCCUGGGGAUCACUUCUGCCGUACUUAGCUUUGUAUUUUAAACAGCUGAUGCUUUCACCGAGCGAAGUAGGAAUCCUUAUGGGCCUGAAGCCGUUUGUGAACUUUCUUGUUAUUCCAAUAUGGGGCGCCAUAGUGGACAAAUGUCAAAAGAGUAAAGUGGUUAUGGUUAUUUCUAUCAUCGCCUUAAUUACAUCCACUUUCACUCUAAGUUUGGUUCCUGGACCAAAAAAGAACAAAGUAGUGGUUAAACGGUUUUGUAACAUGACUGCUCCAAGAUAUUCUAGCCUGAUUGACAUACACAGACCCGUUAUUGAUAGCCCAAACUUGGAGUUCCCCGAACCAGGAAUUGACAAGAUGGUGGAUAUAGGGAAAGGUCAAGAACACUAUAUGCCUUUCUUUUACAAAGGCCCCAAGCCUUGGUCUCUUGAACUUUUCAUCAACUUAGACGAAAAGACCACUGUUAGGGUAGAAUUGGAUACAACACAGUGUUUUAUGACAUUAUUUUUGAUAACCUUUUUCGGUACUUUGAUUUCUGCACCGACGUUGGCUUUGGUCGACACAGCCACACUACAACUUCUAGGCUCGGAAACCUACAAGUACGGCAUGCAGAGACUCACGGGAUCGAUUGGUUGGGGUGUCGGUGCUUUCGUCGUCGGCGCCUCCCUUAAAACGACCCACCAAUGUGGUAAAGAUAAAGACUACGAGAUCGUAGAUUACGUUCCCUGUUUUUAUACUUUCGCUGGUUUAAUGUUUCUGGGCUUGAUAACGGCCACGCAGUUUAAAUUUGAGGAGAAAUCGAAGAAGUCAAAGGGAGCAAGUCUUAGUGUUGGGCUGCAAGCUUUGAAAAGUCCAACAUAUCUCAUGUUUCUCUUCACAGCGUUAUAUUUAGGCUUUUUGAUGGCAUUUAUAAAAACAUUCCUUUUCUGGCAUCUCAAGGAUCUGGGUGGAAGUCAGUUACUUUUUAGCAUCAUUUCCGCAGUUAACUGUUUCGCGGAAGUCAGUAUGUAUUUUCUUUCCGCCAAACUAAUCAAACGAAUUGGUCACGCGAAGGUUUUAUACCUAGGACUAAUCUGUUACUCAAUUAGAUUGUUCUAUUAUUCAGCCAUUCCAAUCCCGUGGAUGGUCCUGGCUGUUGAGUUACUUCCUGGUAUAACAACAGCAGCAGUCUGGGCUGCUUGCCUCUCCUACGUCAGCAUCAACUCGGGACCUGGCGCUGCCACAACAAUGCAGUGUAUUUUGCAUGGAGUGCACUGGGGCCUCGGUUACGGUGCGGGAGAGGUGAUUGGAGGCAUAAUGGUGCAUCAUUACGGUGCGCCGACGACAUUUAUCAUUUUCGGUGUUUUAUGUCUAGUUAUCUUAGGCGCAUAUAUUUUAAUUAACUACUUCUGCGGGUCCAGAGAUGGAAAACAAGGCUGCAGUGCAGACUCUGAAUACUCAGAAAUAAGUGACGAUGACAGUAAAAGAUAGCUGUAGUGGAAUAAAAUGAACUCCAAAGAGAGCUUUUUGUGAACGUUUAUAACUUUCCUGAUAAUCUGCAUUUUUGGAAUAUUUCAGCAGCAUGGCUUCUAGCCACAUUGAAGAAGCUUGCGUAAUUUACUGAGGGAAAUGUCUGAUUUGUACAACCAACGUCAGAUGCCCUAUCAAUAAAACUGAACUCAAGAAGAGUUCUUGGCGCUAAGUUGGUAUUGUAAAUCAUUGCGCUCUGAAAACAUCGAAAACUAUGUGGUAUUUAACUCCCUCCAAAUCCAUUUACAUCCUUUUUAUUGUUACUAAACAUAUAUAUAUAUUCCCUUAGCUCCGGUUGGAGCAUAGGCCAUUAACCACUUCCGUCCUCCAUCGGGUUCUGUCCUGGGCAAAACUUCCUAAAGUGGCCCAAGUGUGGCCCCAGUUUCUCAUUUGGGACUCUACACCUCUUCUCCAGGAGUUCCUGGGACGACCCCUCUUUCUCUUGCCCUGGGGGUUCCAACGUAAUGCCUGCCGGGUGAUGUUGUUAGCCGGUUUCCUUAGGAUGUGACCUAUCCAUCUCCACUUUUUCUUUGAGAUCUGAGUUAUGAUUGGUUCCUCGCCUGCUAAUUCCCACAGCAUCUCGUUCGUUACCCUGUCAGUCCAACUGAUUUUUAAAAUUCGCCUAAGGCACUUAUUGACGAAGGUCUGCAAUUUCUGGGACGUUUGCUUAGUUGUUCUCCACGUUUCUGAGCCAUAGAGGAGGACUGCUUUGACAUUGGUGUUAAAAAUUCUAAAUUUGGUUCUCCGUGAGAUGACAUGGGAGGACCACACUUUCCUCAGUGUAUUGAAAGCUACUCUGGCUUUGUUUAUCCUGACCUUGAUAUCUUCAUCGGAACCUCCAUCAAUGCUGACUACACUGCCUAGGUAGACAAAAGAUGUUACUUCCUCCAAGAUGGUAUCCCUCACUUUAACUGGUCUGUUGUUGGUGCAGUUGACCUUCAUAACCUUGGUCUUAUUCACAUUCGGAUGCAGGCCUAACUUGAUGGAAUUAGCUGUUAGCCGUGCUGUUUUGUCCUGCAUUUGUUGGUUGUUACUUGACACCAGGGCGAUAUCAUCAGCAAACUCUAGAUCUUCAAGUUGCUCCAAUAGUUUCUUAAUAGUUUUUCUUCAAAGCUUGCAACGUCAAUUCUACCCCAAAAUAACACCGUGAAGCAUUGAGCAUUGAACUUGUUUUAACAGAUAUUUUUUACAGACAAAUUUUCAUAUUUGGAAAUAUAUCGCAAAAUGUAUUAGAGAUGUAGGAAGUUAUGAAGACAAACAAUUACAACUCUGAUUACUCAAAAGACAGCCAAUCAAAUAAACGUUUUUAUGAUACAGCUCGACAAAAGAAGAAGUUGUGACCCCCUCGGUCCCAGCUGAACUUGCACCCAAAGAGUCCAGUUCCCAAGAUUCGUCGCAUAAUUUAUUCCCGAACACCGUUUCGUCGCAUGUUAGAGGAGACUUACAAGAGUUGCCCAAAAGAGAAACAAACCAGCUCAAAAAUUUCAAAGAUUUUAUGCAGCAUUUAUUUCAAAUUUCUUUCUAGCUCUGCUUAGAUUAGCUGAGUAACUACUAAGAUUACUACCAGCAAACAUUUUUCAUUCAGGCGUGACGGGUAUGUAAGUAAUUACAACAGCUUUUGUUAUGUAACUAAAGCUUCGCUCAAAUGCUUUUUCCGGAUGACAAAAGGCCAUGCUUGCUUCAAAAACCUGAAAAGUGAUUUGACUGAGAAGAGAUACCUCAUCUGACCCUUUAACCUAUGCAUUGAAUACACUAAUUAUUGAACGAAGAUUUGUGUGUUUACUCAAAAACACAGGCCUCUCGAAAAGAGGUAUUUGUUUCCCUCAAACCCGCAGUAACCAGUGAUCCACCUGCAAACAAUCAUCAUUCAUCUAAUGCACACUUGAACUUGCACGUGCAUUCGAUAAUUUAUUCAUCACUUUUGACGACAAAAAGUUCAUAAUCCUUGUUCAAAGCUUCUCUACAUUACCGAAUAGACUAUAUUAGAGUACAGUACACGGUAUAAAGACAGUUAUGACAGAAAAUGCUCCGGAUGAAACUCAAAAAGGUCAUCAUGACAUUGAAGAAAGCGAGAAAAAGAAGGAAGGCUGUUGCGCUGUCAAUAAGGUUUACUUGGUUUCCAAAGGAUUCUAUUUCUUCUUCUUCUCUGCCCAGGGAUCAUUGUUACCCUAUUUGGCCUUAUUCUUUAAACAACUCGAGCUGCCUGCACGUCAAAUCGGAGCAAUUACAGGGAUUAAACCUUACAUCGCUUUCUUCUUCAUUCCGUUCUGGGGAUGCGUCGCUGAUAGAUUCAAGAUAGGAAAGAUAAUGUUUGUUAUCUCUAUGAUCGCUCUCAUAGCAGGCAUGGUCGCUUAUGCUCUUGUUCCCAUCAAUAUCUGUGAAUCAGAGCCAACAGAAGCUCACAGUAAGCGAGCCCUCUCACAGGAGUCCAACAGAGCGACCUACUCAUAUAAACUUCACAGACGUUCCACCUGGUAUGCAUCAUCACAAUCCCCAGUUACCAAAUCAACAACCAACAUAGAUACACAGUCAAGAGUCGUUGAUGUAGUGGAACCAAAAAAAUCAAGAUCAAAACGAGCGGCUCUUUUCCUACGGAGGCACUCCCACAUACCUAAUCUGAUACAAAAAGUAUCCCCGAUAGGGUUAAACGAACAAAUGGUAAAAUUUAAUCAGCUAACUGGCAGAGCAGCGCGACGAAAACGGAACAAUUUUACGACCUCCUUAGACAGCGUUUCAGAAAUGGCUGACGAGUCCCUCGAGGAAACACCUUGGUCUCAGUCAGAUAUGAUAGCCUUGCAAGACCAGAAAUCCAAGAAAACUCUAUCCAGAAAAAAUAAAUUUAUUUUCCUCUAUCUGUUAUUAGCAACAAUUUUCACCACCCUAUUGUCGUGUCCUAGUCUAACACUCGCGGACACAGCAACUGUGAACCUAUUGAAACAGAAUGGCGACACGCACAAGUAUGGUAAGCAGCGAAUGUGGGGUUCCGUUGGUUAUGGAUCCAUGGCAUUUCUAAUUGGUGCUGCGGUCAGCAAAACCCACCUGUGUCCUCCUGGCAGCGCAAGAAGAAAGGAUGUCAACUACUAUCCAUGUUUUGCCAUGUAUGUGGUGUUUAACAUCAUUGCUCUAGUGGUAGGAUCGAGAUUCGAAUUUGGUAAGAAUGGUAAACCAAAUAACAAAGAAACUGUUGGGGAUCCGAAAACAACAGAAGAUAAUGCUCGUCAAAGCAAAGAGACGACUGGAAGCGGUAACCGAGGCAUAAUAGCGGGACUCAUGCUAUUGACACGACCAAGACAUGCAAUGUUUUUAGUUACCGCGUUCUAUGUCGGCAUUACCAUGGGUUUCAUCCGGGUUUUUCUAUUUUGGCAUCUGAAAGACCUGGGUGGCACUCAGAUUCUCUUCAGUAUCAUGACGGCAAUCAACUGCGUUGCUGAAGUGACACUUUAUUUUCUUUCUACGAAGUUAAUUUCCUUUCUUGGCACUGUAAGGGUGCUCUACCUGGGGUUGACAUGCUAUGCCAUACGUUUGUUCUACUACGCAUUUGUUACCAAUCCUUGGACUGUCCUCCCAGUUGAACUGCUGUCUGGCAUUACCACCGCGGCUGUUUGGGCUGCCAUGAUGUCUUACGUGGGCACUCACUCUGUAGAAGGUGCCUCUGUGACUUUACAAGGUAAGUAUCGUUAAGUUAUAGAAGAGCUGCUCCAUUUAUCAAAUUAUUAUUUUUAAAUUUUCCUGUCACGGUGCAAUUCAGUUCAUUCGUUUCCUUGUGUAUCCUUGCUAGGUAUUUUGCAUGGUGUCCAUUGGGGUCUCGGUCAUGGAUCAGGAGAACUCAUCGGCGGACUGCUCAUAAGCAGCUUUGGUGCUCCCACUGCAUUUUCCAUAUUUGGAUCGCUGUGCCUAAUUUUAAUGGGCGUUUAUAUUUUAGUUAACCGUCUGACAAAUAACUUAGAAUGAUAAGGUAGAGUUUUAUCCAGUAGAUAGCGUUAUCCAAUCUUAGAACAACCGGGGUCUGGUUGUUAAUUCGUUUCUUUAAAAGGGGCUUGUUGCAGUUAAUCAAGGCUUUGGUUUAUUUGAUACUGAGAGGCAUCAUCGAAUAUUCUUAGAGCGAAAAUGUACUUCCGUAUAUUCUUAUUUCCAAAAAAAUCACUGAGGAAAGUUAGUCCUUUUACGACCUUGAACGAACUUUGUCUGCGGCAUAUUUUUUAGGAUUCAUCUCUGCUAUUCAUAUCACUUGCUUUGUGGUCUUUUUCAACCACCUAACCAGUCUCUAUGGCUGGUCUGACAAAAAUAAAGCGUGGUAGAAAGGCAAACACGCAGAAUUAUGAAACGGAAACACUUAUCUCUCCCGAUUGCAAAACAAAACGGUGUCGUAGAAGUGUUGUAAAACCCUAGGGAUAAGCACAUUCUGAGUAAAUAGCACGUUAAGUCGAAAAACUUUCUAAUUAAGUCAUAGAUGAUUAUGAUGUUAGUUUCUUUGCCUUACAAAGCCAUACAGGGGUAGUCAUAAACGUAUUCUGGCUGCACAGGAUGUAAAGUUAUGUCACAACAUUUCAUUGGGCCAAAAAUGAUCACGGCAUUUUAGUUUCGUCUUUACAAAAGUUUUCUUAAUUUGAAAUUAUUUAAAGAUUAGAAAUAGUAGCUAUUAAAUUGAAUUCGAUUUCGAGAUUUUGUUCUUUCCUUUCUUAUCAAAAUUUUCCUGCCAAUUCGUGAAAAUAAAGUCUCGAUAACUAUGCUUAUAAGCCGCUCGGAAAGUUAAGUUACAAUGGAUUGUAGUCACGAUAAGGUAUCGAGAAAUUCAAAAACUUUUGUGAGUUUAAUUCGUUAAGUUAAGUCGCUAUUAAGAAAUGGACUACUUGUCUCUCCGGAAAGCAUAAGUCCUAAACCUACGGGUUCAAUUCAAAUUCCGAGAACUAUUCACAAGUUUUCCGCUCUGAAAUAGACAUUGGUAGUUUCUCCGGAGGGCUGAAAUCCUGAACUUACAGGUUCAAGUUUUUAAAAACUGAAGCUCUAAAUACGUGUGAACGCACUUUGAUAAACUAAGGCUACCUUAAUGUACCGGUCCAUAAGAUUCUGCGAUUGCGGAGACAAAACAGUUUCUAAAGCUGUGAUUAAAGGACUUUACAUCCUGUGAAAAUCGCUCUGAUAUUGAAGUCAAGGAUCAUAUGCUCGAUUUCAACACAGUUGUUGGUUUUGUCACAAAAAACGAAUCAGAAAGUUAAAAGCGAUUUGUUACACUGACUGGACUCCAGAAAGUAGGUUAUGGAAAGUUUUUCAAAUUGGUGUCGAUAUAAUUAAUUACUAGUUAAAACGAUUUCAGCUAAAUGAUGGCCAA